CUACCCUCUCUCUUCCACUCCAUCCUCUUCUGUCACCUACUGGAAACUAAUAUGUCGGCCUUCCUAAUCGUCCUUCUUAUGUCGGCAGCGCUUGGCGCCACGUCGUUUGGGAUUGGAAUGUUGCCGCUGUUCUUCACGUUCUCUCGAACGCAUAUUGAACAACUGUCGACGCUUGGAACUGGUUUGCUUUUGGGUGCAGCGUUGGGUAUCAUUAUCCCCGAGGGUGUUGAGACGUUAGUUUCGUCAAGUCCCUCCGACCCAGCACCAAAGAUAGCUUUAUCCCUCAUCUCGGGCUUUUCGUUCAUGCUCCUCGUUGAGCAGCUCACGUCAGGACACGCCCACGGACAUGGACAUGGCAAACACUUCCUCUCGCCGAGUCCCCGAACAACACCGCUCGAUUCACGCAACGCACAUACUAUCUCCGUAGGCUCUACUUCAUCUAAUGAGGAAUUCGAUAUCUCGUUAGCGGAGUUGGAAGAGGCUGAAGGCUUGGGAUCGGGGACUGAUCGUGGUGUUAGACAACCAAUGCUCAAUCAUCGUCGAACCCGGUCGGACGAGCAGAGUACGUUCGAGAAGCCGAGGGCUAUCGCGAUGACCCUUGGUUUGGUGAUUCAUAGUCUCGCGGAUGGGCUCGCGUUGGCUGCUUCUGCGCUUCCGAGGAAGGUAGGCGAGGGUGAGGGACAGAAUACGCAGCUAUGGUUGUUGGUUUUCUUUGCUUUGAUGGUGCACAAAGCGCCAACGGCAUUGGCGCUGUCUAUGUCAUUGAUGUCUUCCCUGUCGGCGGUGGAAUGUAGGAAACACCUUGCAGUGUUCAGCGCAGCGACGCCUUUUGGUGCCCUUGCGUCAUUUGGGCUUCUCAGACUUAUUGGCGCUGGUGCAGAUGGUGACUGGACGGGAGUUGCUCUGCUUGUAUCUGGAGGCACAUUCCUAUACGUCGCGACCGUCUUACAACCCGUCUCACAUCAAGAAACGCGAUCACCCUCGUCAUCAGAAAUGAACGAAAAAGUACGAGUGGGGAUUAUUAUUAUCGGGAUGUUCAUUCCGUUCUUGAUUUCUUUGAUUUCCGGACAUGAACAUUAGCAUUGAGUAUUCAGUUAAACAAGCGCAAUAAUUUUAUUGUUUUGUCCUUGGUUUGUUUUCGGUAUUCCUCAUUUUUCG